UGCGUCAGCUCUUUAACGAAUGCUGCCUGUUCAUUGAGUCAGUGUGACUGCACUUGCCGGCUGGGCUGAUCCACUCUCCACCUCACUACCAAUACCACACACCGGUUAAUAUACAACAGCCAAGUCAUGAAGAUCUGGACCUCAGAACAUAUUUUCAACCACCCCUGGGAGACGGUAACCAAGGCGGCCAUGCAGAAGUACCCCAACCCCAUGAACCCCAGUGUGUUUGGGGUAGACGUGCUGGGCCGGGCAGUGGACAGCCAGGGCCGUCUCCAUAGCAACCGCCUCCUCAGCGCAGAGUGGGGCCUUCCUUCCAUCGUUAAGUCUAUCAUCGGCAACUCGCGGACGUGCACCUUCAUCCAGGAGCACUCGGUCGUGGACCCCAGAGAGAAGACAUUUGAGCUGCAGUCCUCCAACAUCACCUUCACUAACCUGGUAUCAGUGGACGAGAAGCUGACAUACAAACCACACCCUCAAGACCCAGACAAGACGGUUCUGACCCAGGAGGCCAUCAUCUCUGUGAAGGGGGUGAGUCUUAGCAGCUACCUGGAGGGGGUCAUGGCCAGCAGCAUCUCUAGCAACGCAGGCAAGGGCCGCGAGGCGAUGGAGUGGGUGAUCCGAAGGCUGAACGCAGAGAUCGAGGAGCUGGCGGCCACAGCCAGGGGAACGAUACGAACGCCCAUGGCCGCCGCAGUCACAGAGAAAUGACACCACCCACCCUCAAACCUUCUCUCCCUACCUCCAUCUCAUCCCCUGUUCAGAGGGCAGGGGAUCCCCUUGGUUUUUAUUGCCUCUUAAUAACAUGUACGGUGCCAGCCCAGAUUCCCUUCACGUUGCUCUGCUCUUCCUCCUCUCCUCUAAUUCAUGGGUGCAUUCCCUCCAUAUCUUGUUUGAAAGUCUAUCUACAUUAGAUACCUCAUGGCGGACUGCAACCUAAAGGGAUUCUGGGUAGUGGUUUCAGGAGGCUUCUAGGCUGACCGCUUGUAGUGAGAGGUUGGAAUACUCUGGCUCCACGCCAGCAGAGACGCGGGCGGCGGGGUGACAAGGCGAACAGUGCCAAACAUCUUAUCGAGCCCUUCGAUGAUUUGUGUUCGCCGGCAGAGACUCUGCCCUGCUAGAGACUCUCCCCUCCUCUGGGUCAUAGCCCGUGGGACACCUGGGAGGGAGGGAGAAAGACUGGUGAAGGCAUGAUGUCCACCUUAGCGUCGCUGCUUUAGCGACAGGGCCAGUCAGGUGUGACCACGUGUGACCAGGUGUCUGUAAGACAGAGACGGCAGCGUCUCAGAAAGCCGGACGUUUGUGGAGGGAGAGUGGUCUUCUCUAGCAGGCUGGUUGGAUGAGUCACACCGUCCGUCUCCUCUGCAGCCUCAAUAGCUGGAAGAACUAAAGCUGAGCAACACGUCAGAGCUGGAACUCAAGUACUGUAUUUAUUACUAUGAGAUAUAAUUAUUAUUAUUAUGAUUUAAGCUUUAACUGAAAGGGAACAAGGUAAUGUAGACGUCUCAAAUGCAGUGUGGCUGUAGAGUUUCUCUGUGGAGAUGAAGCGUCGCACCACUUCCGCAAGGAGCUGCAUGUGUAACCAGCGUUUCAUUCGAAACAAUGAAUACAUCAGCACUCACCUAGCCUCUGACCAGCUAGACCAGAGAGCUGGAGGCGAGCAGGGUUCUAUGAAUAUCACCCGUGUUGGUGGAAUAGUGACACGAGCAACAGAGAGGAAUAAAUACUGUAGUUUAUGACCACAGAUGGAACACACUCGGCACUUGCAUUUGAUACAGUUUUCCUUCAUGAGUUAGAGGUGGCACCUGCCAUGUUCUUGGUGAAAAUUGUGCAGGCUUAUUGCAUUGUUACCUCAAAACAGUUAUUUAUUUGCAUAUUUAUUGUGAAAUACUAUUAACUCGAUGGACUUUAAUGGGUACUUACAGAGAACCUUUAUAUUACAAACACACGCCAACACAUAUAUACAUAAUACAACCUGCUGUUAUGUGCUGUGUCAAUGUUACUUUUUGGUUUUAUUUGGGAUGUGAACAUACAAACUCUUACUAACAGGAUGAACUGAAUGUAGACUCUCAGGCGGCCGAUGCCAAGGUGAUGCCCUGGUGAUUUUUAACGCACAAUGAUGAGCUUCCGAGAACAAAGCAAGCUGUGCUUAAAAGCCUCACUUUACUUUUCUCCGAUUCCAGAACCUCUGUUGUUACAGUGGGGAAUGUUUGUGUGUGUGUGUGUGUGUGACCCUGAGUGUUUAGGGGUAUUUGUACAAUGUUAGAAAUACAAAAGGAAUUAUUUAUUUUCUUAUUUAUAAAGAUGUCUUUUAUUUUGUUCAUUGUCAACACACAGUGCUUCAGUCACUUCCGUCUGAUGAUGUGGUUAUGUGGUUAUCUUUUAUGUCUAAACCCACCUGAGGUUGGCAACUUUCCCCAACAGCCAAAAUGAUAGUUUGGUACAUUAUGUAAGCUUGUGUUGUUCAUAGUCUCGCUGCGACUGAGAUGAAUGCAUUCCAAAUGCCUCCGGCUCUCAGGUUGCUACGCUGUUGCUUGUUGGAACAUUGUUUAUGCAUUAAUGGCCAAAUAUCCAAAUUCGUUUUUUUGUUAUGUUCCUUCCGGCUGAAUCUGAUAUGGAGGUGACGUCACUUGGUUUAACUUGGUUUCUUGGUAACCUGGUUUUUCUCUAAACAAAAAGAAACAACAGAAUGUUUUUUUAUUUAAAUAGUUUUUUGUUGUUGCACUGACAAGAACUGUCCAAAUCUGGUUAUUUUUCUAAUUAUUCAAAAGUUGGAACUGCGUUGAUGGUUGGAAAGCUGCUGUACUGACAAAAUAGAAGACUGGUCGAAUGAAAAAGAAUAAAGUCAUUUGAAAGCUU